CCCAAACCUUGCCGUUGUAUCCAAACUAAACACCCUCUUGCCUUCCUUGAUCAAACUUCAAAAAACAUGAACGGGUCCAAUUUUGAAAACGAACCUAUACCAGAAAUCAUUGCCGAGUUUUGUAAAAGCUACAAGGCAACAGGGGACGAUGGAAAAAAUCAAUCCUACUAUUCCAGUCUCGCGGACUACGUGCGAGGACAAUGUGAAGACUUCUUCCGCGUUCGAUUCGACGCGAAUGUCACGUCUCGAGCCAAGUCUCCGAAGACUCUUCAAGAAAAGCUCGUGAAACGUCAUCCACGGAAAAAAUACACGACCCCAGACAGUAUCAGAGAUGAUAUCCCAGAUCUAGCAGGAGUUCGAAUAGCCCUGUUCUACCCAAACCACAAGUCUCGCGUCAACAGCUUCAUUGUGGAGACUUUCCAUGUUGACGAAAAGAUCGAACAUCCAAUUGACAAAAGUAAAGUCACAUUGGAAGAAGAGUCGCAUCUACAAGACGAAUACAAUCGCCGCUUCAAAGGAUAUCAGGCCACUCACUAUCGUAUACGCUUCAAAAAGCCACCAACUCAGUUCAGGAAAAAGGACAGAAUCGAAAUCCAAGUCAUGUCGGUUCUUCAGAGUGCGUGGUCUGAAGUUGAACACAACAUCCUGUACAAGAAGCUCGGAGGAUCUCCUUCAUUUCCAGAGAGACAAAUGUUAGAUGGACUCAAUGGAUUGGUUUCGGUUGGAGAGCUCUACGUGGAACAAUUGAGCUCUAUGCACGAUGACCGAAUAAUGUCAGAAAAGGGCAUCGGAGAGCAGUUUCCGAACCAAUACGAGUUAGGGACCUUCCUCAUCUGUAAGAUACGCCAUAGCCGAGGCCAAGAAGAUUUCGACACCUCCUCAGUUGAAGUUCUUCUAAAGUUUCUCAAGCUUGAGAGCGUGGGGAUCAACAGCAAGGAUAUGCUGAGCUCAAAGCUUUCGCAGCACAAAAUUGAGACCAAUCUUGACACAGAGCUCAAAACACCAUUCAGCACUAAGCCGAAUAUCUCGAUUAUCAUCAUGGAGCGGCUGCUCAAUACGAAAACUCUCACGGAAAAAGCUCAAAAAUUUGCAACAAGCUCUGUUGCAGAGCGUUGCAAAGUCUUAGCUAGCACUAUCAUCUCUUUGGACGAGCUUUUCCCUCCGGUCUCCUUUUGGGCAUGCGAUGAGCUUAUGGGAUGGCAGAGUUCACCGUUGAGCGAUGAGGAUUCUUCAAGAAUGAAAGCCCUGGAAUGGCUUAUGAACGGUCAAUUGCCGAGAAAUAUGCUCAUUGGCGACAAGGUAACUAUGACGGAAAUAGACCUUCAAAGGAUUGAAUGUCUCUGGAACUGGUUAGAUAUGCAUUCUUCAAAGUUCGUCCGCUUUGUCUUUUCCCUUUCGAAGCUUGGAGUGGUAAGAGACUUUCCGCAGGAUAUUCUUCUUCUCGAGAGAACAUACCGUGUCAUGCAAGAAUAUUUACAGGAUUUUACACUUUUCGGAUAG